AUGAUGCGCUCUCCUCGUACAGCUCACACACGUGGCCUCCAUGACACCCAUUCAGUCCGUGUGACAUCCCACAUCACAUCAUCGCUAAUCCCCGGCUUCUCCCCAUUCCCGGGCUCGCGCGCUGUUCCCCCGCCACUGAGUACACCACGCGCACGAGCGCCAUUCAAUCUCACAGCCCGGGACACAGGCGCCAGGUUUGCGCGUGACGUCACCACGUCUCUCAAGGCGCAUGCGACUUGCCCUUUCCACCGGUAUCCCAUAGUAAUAACAAGCAACCGGUGGAGAGGCGGGGGGAGUCCUGAAUCCAUCACCUCCUGGCAGUGCGUGCGAGCAGGUGAGCGGAGUUGGGGAGGCUGGGCAUGUACUAUGCUUCUAACAUACACCAAUGGGCCAGUUAUAGCAAUUCCAUAAACUUGUGCCAGAACUCUGUGUGCAGUACGCUGUGUUAGUAUUUGUUGUGCAGUACGCGCAGUUUGUAGUUGCUGUGCAGUAUGCUAUAUGUAUUGUAUUUAUUGUGCAGUGCUCAGUGUGUAGUUGCUGUGCAGUGCGCUCAGUGUGUAGUUGUGCAGUGGGGAGGGCACCAUGGCAGAUGUGAACAUGUUGUAUUAUUAUUAUUAUUAUUAUUUAUUUAUUUAUUUGCAUUUUAGUACCUGAGAAGAUCCUGUUGAGAGCUUUAUCUGUGACUCCUUUAAUACAACUUUCAAGCUAG